AAUAUUUGCAUGAUAAGUUUGUUAAGAAGCCAUAUUAUAUUAUAUACAUAAUAGUAAAUUAGUGAGAUCAAGUGAAUGGUUUAAAACAUUAAAUUUUAAAUUCAUUUGUUAUUGUUUACUCGUAUCUUUCCAUAGUAAAAAUCAACUAUGGGAUACAAGUACAUCCAGCUGAAGAGCCCCGAAUGGGACGAAACCCACGUCCUGAAUUCUACUACUAGUCACUAUCUAUCUUUGCAUAUUAAGUUUUAAGAGAAAACUAUUAAUUAUCUUACAUGCAUACAUAUAUAUACAUGAUUCGUUUUUUUUUUUAUUUCCAUAACAGGUGCUUAUAACAUUCCCAUAGAAAGUAACUCACCAAAUGUAGAAAAUCAUGCUGCAAACACAAUUCGCGUUUUAGCAGAUAUGUUCACUUGUAGGCAGUCAAAUUUUCCUAUGACAGUUGGGAUUUUCACUCAACAAAAUAAUAAAGAAUAUCUUUCACAACUAGCAAGUGAACUACACAACCUUAAUCGUCUUGAAAAUCCAAUACCAUUGAAAUUUAGCAAAUUGUUAUUUGUAUUCCCUUUAGUGAUCAGUGCAAUUUUAGGAUAUUUUGUUGGAAUGCUUACAAAUUGGCAGAUUGGCUUAUCUAUUGGACAUAUUGGUAUGUUCAUACAAAUUACUUUUCUAGCAUUGAUCAUAACAGGAUCUCGAUUUUGUCAAAAACCAAUUGCUAUACGUGCCAGCUAUUCAAUAGCCUGUUUUCUUCAAUGGAUUAAACUCUUUUUAAAUAUCUGUUUUUGUUAUCCUGUCAAGUCAAUAAAUACUAAAACACCAGUCAGAGUUAUUGUUGUAUAUCAUCGGAUAUGCCCGUCUUCAACAACAAAUAUGGCGUUAUUUUCAUUAAUUGAAAAAAUGUGGUUUGGUUUAGUUCGGCAUUAUGGACAAAUUUUAAUCAGACUCCAGAGGGCUGGAAAACCUUCUGGAAAUCCAAAUAUUAAAUAUAAACGUGUAUGCUGUUUACCUGCAUUUGUUGUAAUGAUAGCUUUUUGGAUUGCAUUCCUUAUCUCUACUAGUAUCAUGCGUUUAUACUCAGGUCAAUUAGCUAAAUUACUUGGACAUGGUGGUUUACUUUCAUUAUUUGUCAUCAUGAGUUCAAUAAUGUUUCUUAGUUUUGUUGGAUCAUUACCAUCAUUAUUAAGAAUAAUGAAAGGUUUAUUAAUUAAUCCAAUUACACCUGUAAAAACUGCAUUAACAUCAUUUUUACAAACUAAUAAUGAUAUAGAUAAAGAAUUUUUUAAUUCAAAAUCAAUUGGAAAAAUUAAUGAAGCUGUAUUAUAUUCUAGUUCAACAUCAUUUAAAGAUUUAGCUAUAACAGCUGAAGAACAAAGAGCAUGUAAAGCAGAUUUAUUUAUUAAAUCAGAAUUUGCUAAAAUUUGUAAUUUAUCGGUUACAUUUGAUCGGUUUACUAAUACACAACAAACUAGAUUCAUUUUAUGCUUAGAUGCUAGUAGUACAUUACAAAAAGAUUUAUUAGCAAAAUUAAUUUAUCAAAUACAUAAUUUAUUAUUAUCUGUUAUGAGUGCACCAGUUGCUAUUGUACUAGAGGCAAAUUUUAAAAUUCUUUUAGGUGAUCUUGUGUGUAGUACAAUUUUAUCCCCAUACAAUGCUACAUUUUGUAAUAGUUUUACACAAGAACCAAAACUUAUUGCACAAAUAGUUGGUGAUAAUUUUCAUUUAGUACAUGCUAGCUUAUAUUUACCAAUAUAUUUAGAACCGCCAAUUUUUACUAAUUUCCCAGAAAUAAUAAAAUCAAAUAAUGAACAAAUGAAACAUAAUCAACUUUUACAUUCAUCAAUAAAUGGUUACUCAUCAACAAAUGCUAACUUACAACCGAAUAUAAUUUCACCGGCAGAAAUAUCAACUUUUAAUAUAUCAUCAAGAAAAGUGUCAUCCAGUCCGAAUUGCGUUUCAAGUCAUGUACCAAGAGCUAUGUUUAACAAUUUUUACGGAACAAAUUCAAAUAACCAACAUAAUUCUAAAAUUAUCCCAAUAAAUAAUGAAAAAGAACAAAAUAACAACGAAGUUACAGAAGUCAAUGAGUUCAUCAGUGUAAAUGAUAUUGCAAGUAUGUUUUUACAUAAUCAUGAACUAGCUGAUUGGAAUGGGAAAGUUAUCAAACAAUUAGUGCUAUCUACAGCAUUUACAUAUCGUCUAUUGAAAUUGUACAAUAUGGAUAUUGAAAUUGGACUAGUGGUCUUAUGGAUUACGCUUAUUCAUCAUUGGCCAUAUCAUACAACUUGGUUGAUAAUUUAUUUAGAAGAUUUGAAUGCUUCAAAUUCUAACAAAGAACAAAAUCUUGAAGUCAAAAUUAAUCUAAUGGAGGCUUUUCUUGAGGUUAAAAAAAGAGUUGGUGAAUCAAUCGAAAUACUGGAAGCUUUAGCAACGGAAGAUCGUGAUUUAGAAAGACUUAAUAAAUUUCUUUACUCAAAAUCAUCUACUCAAAUUCCGGUGAAUUCUUUAAAACAACUUAUUGCAUGUAGCCUAAUACAUAAUCCGUUUAUCCGUUAUUCAAUUCAAGCUCUAUUGGGAAUGAUGAACGAUCGCCAAUCAUCAGGUCUACAUCAUAGUUUUGUGAAUCCUCUUGAUGCAGUCGUUGAGGAGAAGAGUGAUACUACAAAUCAUAGUUUUGCAUUAGAUAAAGUUAAACAAACAAAUUCAGUACCCAUCUAUGCAAGUGUUCAGUUGAAUUCUUCAAGAGGACAGACGAAUCAAAUGGGCUGCAAAACAACUGGUUCACUAUCAUCUGCUGAAAAUCUUCCUUCAAACGCUUACUGGCCAUAUCCAUCUGAUACAUUAACUACAGGGGAUAAUUUAUUUAGUAAACCAUGUCCACUAAGGUUGAAGAAAAUAUACCCAUCUCUUCCAAUAAAUCAGUACACAGUUAACGAUGUCUGUGAGUUAUUUUCAAGUAUCGUUGACAUUCAUCCGUCUCAUAUGCAAUCUUAUAUAUCCAAAAUAAAACAAUUGAAUAUUAAUGGAAUUGUACUCUCAGUAUGUGAUCUAGAAAAUCUAAGACAAGAAUUAAUGAUUGAAAUAAGUGACUGGCAACUGAUUUAUAAACUGAUAACUUGGUUGCGAUCAUCGUCUACUGAUGGACACAGAACUUUCUCAGAAAGUUCACAACAAAGACUAGGUGGUAUUUCUUCAAAUGAAUUUGAUGCAAGCGACCUGCUAACUGGAUAUAACAUGACUUUUAAAGGUAAAUAUCAGCAACCACAACAACGGUUAUCUAACCACACACUACUUACAUCGAUGCCAUCUUUAAAUUCUGAAAAAAUGUCAUGUACAUCAGAUCAGAAACCGAAAACAUCUAAUCCGUUUCUUGUAAGACAAACACCUUGGCUUGUUUCGCCAAAAAUACCAAUCACAAGCUUAUCAUCCAAUGGUAAAUCACUUGAACCUUUUCAAGAAUUCACUCUUGAACAACGUCCUAGUCCAGAUACUUCUGAUCAACAGAAUUCCUGUAGUGCUAUGGAAGAACCAGAAUCGUUAUGGAAAACUAACGGUUUAAUAAAUGUUUCUGCAACUACGGAUAAAACACUCGUUCCACAUCCAAACAUGUUGGUUGGAAGCAUUGAAAAUUCACAUAUAAUCAGUAAUCCCAACCUGUUCUCACACCAGGAGGGCUUGAGUAAACCAAAAGAAAUAAGGAAAACAAGUAAGCAUCUGAACAAUCAUGAAGUUAAUAUCAAUAAACCAGAAGUUAAACUUACACCAGGACAUUCCUUUCAUAGAAGCAUGCAAAACUCAUUGCAUUCUAAUAGGUUCGUCAAUAAAAAUGGUUAUGCCAGUCGUUCAUCCAUUGAUUUAAGAACAGUUUUUGGUCCUGAACAAAAAAAUCCACCAAAUAUAAAUUUAUUUAGUAAUUACAGAAUCAUACAUAAUUCGAAGAGAAACCGUGUUAAAAAGGCUCUAAUAGAACAGCAUCGAAGGCAACAACUACAACAACGGCAUCUUUUAACGCAUAAUCCUAAAUUUAAUUAUUUUGUAGAUCCAGAAUUUUGUUCAUCAUUUGCGUGUCCAUUAUCAAAACAUAAUGCAAAUUUUUAUAACCAUGAUUUAUUCAGUAAUAAAAAUCAUCCAUUUGAUUCAAACAUACAAAAUAUUAAUGCCUCUAAUUUAAGGCGCAUCACUAAACAACCUCGUCGUAAUUAUGAUUAUCAAACUAUUGAGAACAAUACACCUGUGUUAAUUGCUAACGGUUAUAACAAUGAAAGUAGUAUUAAUAACAACGAAGAUCACAUCAAUAACAUAACGCCAAGCAAAAUCCAUAUUAAACAAUGUCAUUUACAAGAAUCAUUGAAUAACGUUGAAUCUGAAACAGAUGACACAGUUCAAUCUUCGGACAAUAAAAGUUCACAACUUAAAUUUCUUAAUCAAAACAAAUCAUUUUUAAAUCAUUUAAAAUAUUAUCCUUCUUAUAAGAUUCAUCCAAAAGCAAUUUUCUCUUCACCAGCUUUAACACCAGCUCAGUUAACUAGUCUACGAGCCUAUACUGAAUGGUCAACGAAAAUGAAUCCUUACUUUGCAAAUGCAACAAUGAUGACUAACACAGGAUCUGUUAUUCCAAAUAAUUCAACUAAUGUUUGGCCUAGUUAUCUGGAACAACAUCAAAUAAAUAAAUUUCCUAUAUUUAAGCCAAGUACACAUAAAACAUCCGAUCACAAAUCAUUUAGACCAAGUCAAAAGAAAAGGCCAAGAAAAACAAAUCCAGAUGACAAUGAAUAUAUUAUAAAUACAAAUAAAGAAUUUCAACCUACUAAUUUAACAAAAGCUAAUGUAUAUUCAUUAACAUUAUCAUGUGAUUCAGAGGCUGAAAUGUGUACAUGUGAUUAUUGGUAUGAAUUAGAAAAAGCAAAAGAAAAGUUUACAAUUAGUGAACCAUCAUUAAGAGCUGAAUCAGAUUUAAUAAGUAUAGAUGAUUUUGUUAUUGAUAAUGAUUAUCAGUCAAGUGCCACAGAAUCAUUAAAUUCAACGCAUAUAUUACAAACAGAUAAGAGUAAACUUUCAAAAUAA